GUUGUGUAGGUCAUGUGUGCUUUCAGAGGAGCUAUGUAAGGACACUUAGAGUGGCAUGGCAGGACGGCCUCAUUCUUAUGACAGUAACUCCAGUGAUCCAGAGAAUUGGGAUCGGAAACUAUACAACAGACCUCGGAAACUUUAUAAACAUUCAAGUACUCCAUCACGAGGUGCUAGAGGUGGAACAGUUCGCACAAAAAUGAGUCUUCAAGGUGCCACCGGCGGUCAUGAGCGUUCAAGAGAUAGACGUCGCUCAAGUGACAGGUCCCGGGAUUCAUCCCAUGAAAGAGGAGAAAGUCAGCUCACUCCAUGCAUCAGAAAUGUGACCUCACCAACUCGGCAACAUCAAAGCGAUUUUCUGGUGUCUGAAGCUAUUGGAGGAUGUUUGGAUCAGGCAGAGAACAUAAUUUCACACGUCCUAAUGACAAGGGAGAGUAUGAAGUGGCAGAAGGAAUCAGCUCAACUGUGUUUCGUGCAAUUUUGGAUUACUACAAGACCGGAAUAAUACGCUGCCCAGAUGGAAUAUCUAUACCUGAACUAAGAGAAGCUUGUGACUAUCUGUGUAUUUCAUUUGAAUAUAGCACUAUCAAAUGUAGAGACCUCAGUGCCCUGAUGCAUGAGUUAUCAAAUGAUGGCGCCCGUCGGCAGUUUGAGUUCUAUCUUGAGGAGAUGAUCCUUCCACUGAUGGUUGCCAGCGCUCAAAGUGGGGAAAGAGAGUGCCAUAUUGUAGUACUUACUGAUGAUGAUGUUGUCGAUUGGGAUGAAGAAUAUCCACCACAAAUGGGAGAAGAAUAUUCACAGAUUAUUUACAGCACCAAAUUAUAUAGGUUUUUCAAGUAUAUCGAAAACAGAGACGUGGCCAAAUCUGUUUUGAAAGAGAGAGGUCUUAAGAAGAUUCGCCUGGGUAUUGAAGGCUAUCCAACGUAUAAGGAGAAGGUGAAGAAAAGACCGGGUGGCAGGCCGGAGGUGAUAUACAACUAUGUGCAGAGACCAUUCAUCAGAAUGUCUUGGGAGAAAGAAGAGGGCAAGAGUCGGCAUGUGGACUUCCAGUGUGUAAAGAGCAAGUCGAUAACCAAUCUAGCUGCUGCAGCAGCAGAUAUCCCACAGGACCAGCUGGUAGUUAUGCAUCCCACACCUCAAGUGGACGAGCUGGAUAUAUUACCCAACAAUCCUCCUCCAGGGAACGAUACAGAUCCAGAUGGCCAAAACUCAACUCUAUAGUUAAGACUGGGCUUAUUCUGGUUGUCUAUUGGGAGGGCCCUCACAUUCUAUCAAUGGGGUGAUGCAUUGCUGAGUUGCGUUUCCACCAUGUACUGACCCUUCGGUGUAUGAAGCAGAGGCUUUUCUGCAAUCCCAGUAAGUGCUCUAAGGGACGGCGGACGCUGAUUGUCAUUAGUACACUGCAGCUUUGUGUCUGUAUAAUAAACCUCUUGGCUGAGCAGUGAGGACUUUCCUUUCCGUAACAAAGGAGCAUAUAAAAAGAAUCCUGAGGUUCCAGUUGUAUACAUGUAUUGGUUUAAUAGUGGAAUUGUGAUGUCAGUUGUUUUGCAGGGCUGUUUUUAUUUUAGUUCUUCACUUUUUUGGACCCAUUUUGUUUUUUAAUAUUGGAAGAGGAAUUUUCAGAUUAUAUAAUAUAUAUAUUUUUUAUUUUAACCUGUUACACUGUGGGUUAAACCCACUGAAAUUGUUGAUAGUGGCACUUUAUGAAUGGUUUCAUAUUUGGUGUUUGUAAAGUCAUUUUUAUAGCUGUAAUUCAUAGUAUAAAGUUUAAAAAACAUAAAAAAGUGCAUCUAUCAAAAUGUUUAUGGAGUUUAGUUAGUUAUUUACAAAAUCCCUUUAAUUGUACCGAUUACAACUGAGCACAAAUGUAAUUUUCUUAAACCACUGGAGUAUUUUUAUUUAAUGGGAACCAAAUGACUUUACUUAUUUGACUGUAUAACUUGAAUUUAUUGUAUGUAUAUAUUUUCCACUGGUUGCAGCAUCUUGUGCAGAGAGUUCUGAUUAUCACAACGGACUGUAGCUUCAAUAAUGCCUUACAUCGGUUCACAGAAGCUUUCACCUGACUAAAGUUUACUGAUAACAAUUGUUUGGUUAUUAAAUGAUUGUAUGUUUUGCAUUCAAAUAAAUUUUCAUUAUUUUAAAA